GAUUUGCAAAGUGACCUACUCAUUCUGUUGUGUCAUUUUGAAAGCCAAUAAAAAUGGCUUUGGGCAUUUGGGUAUGGUUCUUACUGCUACCAUUUAUUAUUUGCUGCUCUGCGUGUUUACAAGAGGAACGAAGCUCUCUUUUGGAUUUCAAACAAGGCAUCAACAUCACUUAUUACAGAGGAUUCCAGUUGCCAUUGGAAUCGUGGAGAGGGUUGAACUGCUGCAGUUGGGAAGGAGUGGGCUGCCACCCACACACUGCCCAUCUCAUCACCUUGGAUCUCAGUUACUCUCUCAUUCAAUGGAGUGAAGUUCGAGGGGGGCUAUUCCAACUCCUACAUUUGGAGCACUUGGACCUCUCUUGGAAUUACUUCACCUCUCUUUCCAUUCCUCCACAAGUUGGAGAAUUAAGGAGAUUGAAGUAUCUGGGCUUGUAUGAGUGUGAAUUUAUUGGCCAAAUUCCAAGGGAGUUGACAAAAUUGCAGCAAUUGGAGCAGUUGGACCUCAGUUACAAUCAUCUCCAUGGUGCCAUCUCAAGGGAGAUGUGUAACAUGUCCACCAUGAAAUUCCUUGCCCUCUCCUGGAAUGAUGAUUUAAUCUCAGUAUGGCACAAGAUACUUGGUUGGAAGGAUACUUGGCUUCUCUCACCAAUCUCAGCUUCUCUCACCAAUCUCACCGCACUUUACAUGAGCAAUUGUGGGCUUUCAGGAGAAAUUCCUCCCUUCUUUGCAAAUCUCUCACGGCUUCAACAGUUGAGUCUUUCGCGAAAUUCAUUCAGAGGUAAGAUUCCUACCUAUCUUGGAGCUCUUCCUCUGUCAGCUCUUGAUCUCUCUGCGAACAAUUUGGAAGGUUUUAUUCCAUCCUCUUUGACUCACCUCUCCAAUCUGGAGUAUCUUUAUCUGAGUUCAAACAAAUUAAAUGGCAGCAUUCCGUCAACUCUAGGCAAUCUCUCAGCCCUGUAUAAACUUGAAUUGCACAAUAACUCCUUAAGUGGUCCAAUCCCAACUUCCUUUGGGAAGCUAUCCAAGCUUACGUUGCUUGAUCUAGCCAAAAAUAGAUUAAUUGGAACUUUCUCAUUUUUUAUUUUAAAUAAUUGUCCCAAACUUUCUUAUGUGGAUCUCUCAAGUAAUAUGUUGACUAUAACAUUCAAUGCGUCUAUCAUCCCCAAAUUUCAGCUGAAUAGCUUAGCUUUACAUGAAUGCAAUAUUAGAGGAACCUUUCCUGGAUUUAUUUCAACUCAAUAUUCUAUUCAAUAUUUAGAUUUGUCAAACAAUUUUCUUAGCGGUUUUAUUUCAAAUUGGCUUUGGGGAUUUACAUAUAUUGAGUACAUAGAUCUCUCAAAUAAUUUAUUUGAUGGAUCGAUUUCAAAAUCAAUUAACAAAUAUACACAACAUCUUCAAUUUCUUUCAUUAGCCAAAAAUAAUCUUAGCGGUUCUAUUCCAAAUUCUGUUUUUAAAUUGAAGAGUUUGAAUAUUUUAGAUUUGUCAAAUAAUAAAUUUAGUGGUAAGAUUCCCCAAUGUUUGAAGAAUUGCUCCAUGUUGUCUGUCUUAAAUCUAGAGAGGAAUAACUUAGAAGGGAUGAUACCAAGUAUAUGUGAGAGAAUGAAUUCUCUUGGGACAUUGAAAUUGGGAGACAAUGCACUUGAAGGAUAUGUUCCAUCAUCUCUUGGAAAAUCUAGAAAUCUACACAUCCUUGAUCUUAGAAACAAUAAUUUGCUAGGGAACAUCUCAGAUUGGGUUAAAUCCUUGCACAAUCUCCAAAUUUUGAUUUUACAAAAUAAUAAUUUUAAGGGUACAAUCCCAUUACAAUUAACAAAAUUGCAAAAUCUUCAAAUUUUGGAUUUCAAAAAAUAAAUUUUCAGGGAUCAUU